AUGCCCAUCACUAAACGGCAAAAAAGAGUUAAAAAUAAAGAACAAACCAACAAAUCCUUAAAAGUUCCCGAAGAAACUGAAUCCUUUGGAGUUACUGAACCGGAAGCGACUAAAAUUGAAGCAGUAGGAAAGAAAAAAGGACUUUUUCGAAAACCAAAAUUUGGAAGACGCGUGAAUUUUAUUUUAGGUGCUAUUAUCGGAAUCUGCGGUGCCUUGAUUUUUGCUGUUCAUAACGAUGAUGGCAUUUUCGAUCCGACUGCUUUGGAAGCUUUAGGCGCUAAGCUGGGAUCCUCAGACUUAUUUGAAGAUAUCAAAGGAUUUCUUUCGCAUCAUAUGUUUGACGAAUCGUCUACAAUGGAUUCAAAAACUCGGUCCCAACUAAGCACCGAAAUAGACGUAGGAUUGGAUAUGCGUGAAGAAGGAUAUUCAUACCAUUAUCCUGUUGUUAUGACACCUGGUGUCAUAAGCUCGGGCUUGGAAAGUUGGUCAUUCAGGAAUUGCUCAGUUUCUUACUUUAGGAAACGACUAUGGGGAAGUUGGUCCAUGCUAAAAGCCAUGCUUCUUGAUAAACAAUGCUGGCUGGAACAUUUGAUGUUAGACCCUAAAACUGGAUUAGAUCCUCCUGGCAUAAAACUUCGAGCUGCGCAGGGAUUUGAAGCUGCUUUAGCUGAUUUUUUUAUUACCGGUUACUGGAUAUGGAGCAAGAUAAUUGAAAACCUUGCAGCAAUAGGAUAUGAACCGAACAAUAUGCUAAGUGCUUCUUACGAUUGGCGACUCUCAUACUCAAAUUUGGAGGAAAGAGACCGGUACUUUAGCAAGCUAAAGCUAUUUAUUGAAUUUAGUAAAUUGGUACAUGGCCGGAAGGUUGUACUUAUUUCUCAUUCCAUGGGAUCCCAAGUCUCAUAUUAUUUCUUAAAAUGGGUGGAAGCUGAGGGAUUUGGAAACGGAGGACCUAGCUGGGUGAAUGACCACAUUGAAAGCUUUAUUAAUAUUUCUGGUUCUUUGAUCGGCACUCCCAAAACAUUAUCCGCUCUUUUAUCUGGAGAAAUGAAAGAUACAGCUCAAUUAAACCAAUUUUCGGUAUAUGGUUUGGAGAAAUUCUUUUCUAGAGCUGAGAGAGCUAUGAUGGUUCGAACCAUGGGUGGUGUUAGUUCAAUGCUUCCUAAAGGAGGAAAUCUCAUUUGGGGAAAUACAAGCUGGGCUGCUGACGAUGACGAUUCUGGAGAUUUGUCUAAUGGUGUCAUGAUACAUUACAGAAACGAUGCUUCCGAUCCUCAUUCACGGUUUGAUUCCGAGCAAGCCUUUGACUUUCUGAACAAUGUUACAAGUGACGAUUUUAAAAAUAUGCUUAAGACUAAUUAUUCACAUGGAUUAGCUUGGACGAAAGAAGAAGUGGAACGUAACAACAAAAUUCCAGCGAAAUGGAUUAAUCCACUUGAGACCAGCCUUCCAUAUGCCCCAGACAUGAAAAUUUAUUGUUUUCAUGGGGUAGGAAAACCGACUGAGCGUGGAUACUUUUACUCCAAAAAUGACGAGGGACAUCCAGUGAUAGACUCCUCAGUAAAUGAUGGAACAAAGAUUGAAAAUGGAAUUGUAAUGGAUGAUGGUGAUGGCACUCUACCUUUGAUAGCUCUUGGUUUUGUGAGCAACAAAGCUUGGAAUACAGAAAGAUUCAAUCCUGCAAAUAUAAGUGUUGUUAAUUAUGAACUCCGUCACGAUCCUGCUUCAUUUGAUUUACGUGGCGGACCUCGUUCAGCUGAACAUGUUGAUAUAUUGGGACAUUCAGAACUAAAUGAAAUGGUUUUGAAGAUUAUUUCAGGACAUGGAGACGAGGUAAAGGACCAUCGCGAAUCUAAUAUGCUUGAGAUUGUAAAUAGAAUCAAUUUGGACUACCCUGAAAAAUGA